AUGAAAGCGUUGAUGAGGAAACCUCGAAGUGCCAACGUUGGCACAGGUCUCGAUGUGUGUGGGGCGUGCGUGGAACACGCCUCGAGGGCAUGCGGCCUCGACCUUGAGGGAUGCGGGAGGGAGGGAGGCAGGGGAGGGAAAUGGAAUAUGAAGGAGCAUUCUGCCGCUCGACGGCUCGAGAGGCGCGAUAAGGCAGAGAGCAUGAUGGCUUCUGUCGUGGCGGUGUGUCUCGUCCUCGCUCUCUUCGGGGUGGGUGUGUCGGGGGAGAACGUUCUCGUUCUCCUGCCGUUUUCGGCGAAGAGCCACAAGAUGGUGUUCAUGGCGUUGUCGGAGGCCCUGGCGUCGAGGGGCCACGACGUCACCGUGGUCAGCCCGCACAAACCGUCGCGGAAGAUCGCGAACCUCCGCGAGCUCGUGAUCCCCGACACGCAUUCCCUCAUGGAGCGCGGGGGCAACGACAUGUGGAAGGCGGAGGGGCAGACGCGGCCGUCCGACAUCCUUCACAUCUUCGGCCUCCUCCGGGAGAUGUCGCACAUCGUGUGCGAGGAGACGCUGAAGAUGCCGGAGCUGAAGCCGUUCGUCGAGGGCAAGGCGAAGGUGGACCUCGUGAUACUGAGCGUCUUCUACGACGACUGCAUGCUCGGGAUCGUGGAUCGCCUGAAGAGUCCCUUCGUGUACGUGAGCACGACCACGGCGUUCCCGCAUCAACAGUCGGCCGUCGGCUUCUCGGAGCCGACGUCGUUCUGUCCGAAUCUGUUCCUGGCGUUUCCGGAUCGCAUGAGUUUCUUCGAGCGGGUGCUCAACACCGUCGCCUAUUACGGGGAGGUCGGGUUCGUCCGGUACUUCAUCGUCCCCCAGUCCGAGCGACUGGUGAAGAAGUACAUCGGGGACGACGUGAGGCCCUUGGAGGACAUCCACCGAGACGUCUCCCUCGUGUUCCUCAACACCCACGUGAGCAUGGACUACCCGAAGCCGAUGAUGCCGGGCGUCGUGGAGGUCGGCGGGAUGCACUGCGUCCCGUCCAAGCCCCUUUCCAAGGUCAAGGUCCUUGCUCUUUUGCUCUGUGUGUUGGGUGCGAGUUCCGCUGCGAACAUUUUGAUUCUUCUUCCUCUGGCGAGUAAGAGCCAUUGCAAUGUGUUUGGAUCGCUGGCCCGGGGAUUGCAAGCUCGCGGUCAUAACAUUACCAUGGUGACGCCUUUUCCGCCCAUGGGAAUUAAAGGAGUGAAAGAGCUGACGGUGCCGGGUGCGGUGAAUGCGAUCGAGGAGGCCGGAGCCGACAUGUGGAAGCAGCAGGGGAACGCGGCGGGUAUUCUCCCGUUGAUGUUCAGCGUGAUCAGAAGCUCCGAGAAGGCCUGCCGGUUGACCUUGGAUUGGCCACCGUUCCAACCUUACCGCAAGGGCGAGGCGAAGGUGGACCUCGUCAUACUUUCGAUCUUCUUCGCCGAUUGUCUCCUCGGUAUCAUUCCGGCUAUGGGGAACGUUCCUUGGAUGUAUGCGAGCCCCGCUGGUUUAUUCCCCCACGUGGGGAUCCCGCUGGGAUUUCGAAUCCCCACUUCCUUCGUGCCGAUCCCCGUCUUACCCUUCCCGAGUCAGAUGUCCUUCUUCCAGAGGGCUCUGAACACCCUCGUCUAUCAGGGAUUCUCGAGCUUCUUCACCUUCUUCUACGAUCCCGCCGCGAGCUCCCUCAUCGCCGAGUAUUUCGGCGCGACCAUCGACGUCUACGAGAUGCGGAAGAACGCGAGCGCCAUCCUCCUCAACCGGGACAUCAGCUGCGACAUCCCCAUGCCCCUCCUCCCCGGGUUCAUCGAGGCCGGCGGCAUGCACUGCCAACCCGCUAAACCCCUGCCAAAGAGUCAUCGCAAUGUGUUCGCCGCUCUGGCAGGGGGAUUGGGCGAACGUGGUCACAAUAUUACCAUGGUGACGCCGUACUUUCCCGCGGGCCAUAAAGGGGUAAAAGAGCUGACGGUGCCUGGUGCAGUGGAGGUGUUGGAGGAAGCUGCAGCCAAUAUGUGGAAACAAGAGGGGGACGAAGCAGCUUUUAUACCGUUGAUGUUCGGGGUCCUAAAAAGCGCUGAUAAGGCCUGCAGACUGGUCUUGGAUUGGCCACCGUUCCAACCUUACCGCAAGGGCGAGGCGAAGGUGGACCUCGUCAUACUUUCAAUGUUCUUCUCCGAUUGCCUCCUGGGUGUGAUUCCUGCUAUGGGGAACGUUCCUUGGAUAUAUGCGAGCCCUGCCGGGUUGUUCCCCCAUGUGGGGGUGUCUCUUGGGCUUCGGGUCCCCACCUCCUUCGUCCCCCUUCCCAUGUUACCCUUCCCUAGUCGGAUGUCCUUCUUCCAGAGGGUCAUAAAUACCCUUGCUUAUCUGGGGAUGAUGGAAUUCUGUUCCUAUUUCUACGAUCCCACUGCGGAAACCCUGAUCGAGGAAUAUUUCGAUAUGAGGAUGGAUGUGAACGAGAUGAGGAAGAAUGCAAGCGGUAUCAUCCUCAAUACAGACCUCAGCUUUGACACCCCGUUCCCUACUCUCCCUGGGGUCGUCCAGGCUGGAGGCAUGCACUGUCAACCCUCAAAACCCUUGUCAAAGAGUCAUCGCAAUGUGUUCGCCGCUCUGGCAGGGGGAUUGGGCGAACGUGGUCACAAUGUUACCAUGGUGACGCCGUUUUCACCCAUGGGUCUUAAAGGAGUGAAGGAGCUGACGGUGCCUGGUGCAAUGGAGGCGAUGGAAGAAGCCGCGGUUAAUAUGUGGAAACAGGAGGGGGAUGAAGCAACUAUCAUACCAUUAAUUCUCAGCGUUGUCAAAGGCGCUGAUAAGGCCUGUAGAAUGACUUUGGAUUGGCCUCCGUUCCAACCUUACCGCAAGGGCGAGGCGAAGGUGGACCUAGUCAUAUUUUCGGUCUUCGUAUCCGAUUGUCUCCUCGGUAUUAUUCCGUCCAUGGGGAACGUUCCUUGGAUGUAUGCAAGCCCUACCGGGUUGCUCCCUCAUGUGGCGAUCUCUCUUGGACUUCGAAUCCCUACCUCUUUCGUCCCCAUUUCCAUCUUACCCUUUCCAAGUCAGAUGUCCUUCUUCCAAAGGGUCCUGAAUACCCUUGUUUAUCUGGGGAUGACGGUGUUCUCUUCCUAUUACUACGAUCCUGCUGUGGAAACCCUGAUCGAGGAAUAUUUCGAUAUGAGGAUGGAUUUGGCAGAGAUGAGGAAGAAUGCGAGCGGUGUCAUCCUUAAUACGGAUUUCAGCUUUGACACCCCGUUUCCUACUUUCCCUGGGGUCGUCCUUGCUGGAGGCAUGCACUGUCGACCCUCAAAACCCUUGUCAAAGAGCCAUCGCAAUGUGUUCGCCGCUCUGGCAGGGGGAUUGGGCGAACGUGGUCACAAUGUUACCAUGGUGACGCCGUUUUCACCCAUGGGUCUUAAAGGAGUGAAAGAGCUGACGGUGCCUGGUGCAAUGGAGGCUAUGGAAGACGUCGCGGGCAACAUGUGGAAACAGGAGGGGGACGAAGCAGCUAUUAUACCAUUGAUUCUCAGCCUUGUCAAAAGCUCUGAGAAGGCCUGUAGGCUGACUUUGGAUUUGCCAGUGUUCCAACCUUACCGCAAGGGCGAGGCGAAGGUGGAUCUCGUCAUACUUUCAGUCUUCUUCUCUGAUUGUUUCCUUGGUGCGAUUCGGGCCAUGGGGAACGUUCCUUGGAUGUAUGCAAGCCCUACCGGGUUGCUCCCUCAUGUGGCGAUCUCUCUUGGACUUCGAGUCCCCACCUCUUUCGUCCCCAUUCCCAUCUUACCCUUUCCAAGUCAGAUGUCCUUCUUCCAAAGGGUCCUGAAUACCCUCGUCUAUCAGGGGUUGUCGAUCUUCUUUUCCUAUUACUACGAGCCUACUGUGGAAUCCCUCGUUGAAGAGUAUUUCGGCGUGAGGAUGGACUUGUCAGAGAUGAGAAAGAACGCGAGCGGCACCAUUCUCAAUACGGACAUUAGCUUCGAUACCCCGAUCCCUCUUCUACCCGGAGUCAUCGAGGCAGGAGGCAUGCACUGCCAACCCUCAAAAACCUUGUCUGAGAGCCAUCGCAAUGUGUUCGGCGCUCUGGCAGGAGGAUUGGCAAAACGUGGUCACAAUGUUACCAUGGUGACGCCGUACUCGCCCGCGGGCCUUAAAGGAGUGAAAGAGCUGACGGUGCCUGGUGCAGUGGAGGCGAUGGAAGAAGCUGCGGUCAACAUGUGGAAACAAGAGGGGGACGGAGCAGCUGUUAUACCAUUGAUGGUUGGCCUGCUCAGAGGCGCUGAUAAGGCCUGUAGGCUGACUUUGGAUUGGCCACCGUUCCAACCUUACCGCAAGGGCGAGACGAAGGUUGACCUUGUCGUGCUUUCGGUCUUCUUAUCCGAUUGUCUCCUCGGUGUGAUUCCUGCUAUGGGGAAUGUUCCCUGGAUAUAUGAGAGCCCAGCAGGGUUGUUCCCCCAAGUGGGGGUCUCCCUGGGACUUCGAAUCCCCACUUCCUUUGUUCCCGUCCCCAGCUUAGCCUUCCCCAGUCGGAUGUCCUUUAUACAAAGGGUUCUGAACACCCUCGUCUAUCAGGGGUUCUCGAUUUUCGUUUCCUAUUACUACACCCCUGCUGCAGAGUCGCUCAUCGAGGAAUAUUUCGGUGUGAGGAUGGAUGUAUCAGAGAUGAGAAAGAACGCGAGCGGCAUCAUCCUCAAUACUGAUCUCAUUUUCGACACCCCGUUCCCUACUCUCCCCGGGGUCGUCCAGGCUGGAGGCAUGCACUUGUGGAGCACCAUGAAAGUCCUCUCUAUCUUAUUCUGCCUGUUGGGGACGAGUUCCGCUGCGAACAUAUUGUUUCUUCUUCCCUUUGCGAGCAAGAGUCAUCUCAAUGUGUUCGCCGCUCUGGCAGGGGGAUUGGGCGAACGUGGUCACAAUGUUACCAUGGUGACGCCGUUUUCAUCCAUGGGUCUUAAAGGGGUAAAAGAGCUGACGGUGCCUGGUGCCGUGGAGGUGAUGCAAGAAGCCGCGGUCAAUAUGUGGAAACAAGAGGGGAACGAGGCAGCUUUUAUACCGUUGAUUGUUGGCGUUCUGAAAGCCUCUGAGAAGGCCUGUAGGCUGACUUUGGAUUGGCCACCGUUCCAACCUUACCGCGAAGGCACGGCGAAAGUGGAUCUGAUCGUGCUUUCAGCUGCCUUCAUGGAUUGUUUCCUCGGUCUGAUUCCGACUUUGGGGAACGUUCCUUGGAUAUAUGCGAGCCCUGCCAGUUUGUUUCCCCACUUGGGGCUCGCCCUGGGACUUCGGAUCCCCACCUCCUUCGUCCCUCUUGCCGUGUUGCCCUUUCCCAGUCGGAUGUCCUUCUUCCAAAGGGUCAUAAAUACCCUUGCUUAUCUGGGGAUGUCGAAAUUCUCUUCCUAUUACUACGAUCCCAUUGCGGAGUCCUUAAUAGAAGAGUAUUUCGAUGUGAAGAUGGAUGUGGCGGAGAUGAGGAAGAAUGCGAGCGGUAUCAUCCUCAAUACAGACCUCAGCUUUGACACCCCGUUCCCUACUUUCCCUGGGGUCGUCCUUGCUGGAGGCAUGCACUGUCGACCCUCAAAACCCCUGUCAAAGUGUGGCGCCAUGAAAGUCCUCUCUGUCUUAUUCUGCCUGUUGGGGACGAGUUCCGCUGCGAACAUUUUGUUUCUUAUUCCCUUCUCGACCAAGAGCCAUCGCAAUGUGUUCAGCGCUCUGGCAGGGGGAUUGGCAAAACGUGGUCACAAUGUUACCAUGGUGACGCCGUUUUCACCCAUGGGCCUGAAAGGAGUGAAGGAGCUGACAGUUCCUGGUGCAGUGGAUGAGGUGGAAGAAGCCGCGGGCAGCAUGUGGAAACAAGAGGGGGACGAAGCAGCUAUUCUCAAAUUUAAGUUUGGCCUGCUCAAAAAUGCUGAUAAGGCCUGUAGGCUGACUUUGGAUUGGCCAGUGUUCCAACCUUACCGCAAGGGCGAGGCGAAGGUGGACCUCGUCAUACUUUCGGUCCUCUUAUCCGAAUGUUUCUUCGGUGCUAUUCGGGCUAUGGGGAAUGUUCCCUGGAUGUAUGUGAGCCCUUCUGGAGUGUUCCCCCAAGUGGGAACCUCCCUGGGACUUCGAGCCCCCACCUCCUUCGUCCCUCUUUCCAUGUUUCCUUUCCCCAGUCAGAUGUCCUUCUUCCAAAGGCUUCUGAACACCCUCGUCUAUCAGUGGUUCUCGACCUUCGUUCCCUAUUAUCACGACCCUGCUGCCGAGUCCCUCAUCGAGGAAUAUUUCGGUGUGAGGAUGGAUGUAUCAGAGAUGAGGAAGAACGCGAGCGGUAUCAUCAUCAAUACGGACCUCAGCUCCGAUACCCCGUUUCCUACUCUCCCCGGGUUCAUAAAGGCUGGAGGCAUGCACUUGUGGGGCACCAUGAAAGUCCUCUCUAUCUUAUUCUGUGUGCUGGGGACGAGUUCUGCAGCAAAUAUUUUGUUUCUUCUACCCCUGGCGACGAAGAGCCAUCGCAAUGUGUUCGCCGCUCUGGCAGGGGGAUUGGGCGAACGCGGUCACAACGUUACCAUGGUGACACCGUUUUCACCCAUGGGCCUUAAAGGGGUGAAAGAGCUGACGGUGCCUGGUGCGGCGGAGGCGAUGGAGAAAGCCAUGAACAACAUGUGGAAACAGGAGGGGGACGAAGCAGCUAUUAUACCGUUGAUGUUCGGCGUUAUGAACAGCUCUGAGAUGGGCUGUAGACUGACUUUGGAUUGGCCUCCGUUCCAACCUUACCGCGAGGGCACGGCGAAAGUGGACCUAAUCGUGCUUUCACCCGUCUUAGCGGAUUGUCUCCUCGGUGUGAUUCCGGCUUUGGGGAACGUUCCUUGGAUGUAUGCAAGCCCUACCGGUUUGUACCCCCACGUGGGGGUCUCUCUCGGGCUUCGAGCCCCCACCUCCUUCGUCCCUCUUGCCAUGUUACCCUUUCCCAGUCAGAUGUCCUUCUUUCAAAGGGUCAUAAAUACCCUUGCUUUUUUGGGGAUGACGGAAUUCUGUUACUAUUACUACGAUCCCAUUGCGGAGUCCUUAAUUGAGGAGUAUUUCGGUGUGAGGAUGGAUGUGGCGGAAAUGAGGAAGAAUGCGAGCGGUAUCAUCCUAAAUACGGACAUAAGCUUCGAUGCCCCGUUUCCUCUUCUUCCUGGGAUCGUUCUUGCUGGGGGCAUUCAUUGUCGACCCUCAAAACCCCUGUCAAAGCGACUGUGGAAGAUCCUUCCCGAUGCCAUCCGGGCGUGCAAAAUCGCUCUGCCGAUCGUCGAUGCCAUUUUAUCGCGGGAUUCGCACGAUCUGGCCGUUUUGGACGCGUUCUGGAGCGACUGCCAUCUUCCCUUGCUAUUCCAGCACGACGUCCCCGUGAUUUUAUUCGGGACGGGGGGUUUCUACCCGAAUUAUUACCAGCUCGGCCUUCACCAGCCGACGUCGUUCUGUCCCGUCAUAGCCUUGCCCUUUUCGGACCGGAUGCCCUUCUGGCAAAGGACCGUUAACACGCUGGCGGAACUCGGCUACAAUCUCUUUUAUGAUCGUUACCUCUUGCGAAAAAUGAACGCGGCGCUGCAGGAAUUUCGGCCGGGCAUCCCGAGCAUCGAAAGCGCUCGGAUUAACGUGACCUUGGUGCUGGUCAAUCACGUGAUAGGAUGCGAUGACCCCCGACCUCUGACCCCGGAUUUCGUCCCGGUCGGACCCCUCCACGAGUUGGAGGAUUACGUGCAGAGCAGCGGGGAGCACGGGUUCAUCUACUUCAGCCUGGGAUCCGCGGUCCAGGGGAAAUUCAUGCCGGAGAAAUACCGGAAGAUGUUCAUCGAGGCGUUCGCCAAGUUCCCCCAGAAGAUCCUCUGGAAGUGGGAGACGGAGCACAUGGACGAUCUGCCCAAGAACGUGAAGCUGUCGAAGUGGCUCCCGCAGCAGGACCUGCUCGGUCACCCGAAGCUGCGGCUGUUCAUCACGCACGGGGGGCUGCUGAGCACCCAGGAGGCGACGUACCACGGGGUGCCGGUGGUGGGGAUCCCCAUCGGGGCGGAUCAGAUGCUCAAUAUGAAGAAGACGGAGCUGGAGGGGGCGGGGCUCACGCUGGAGUGGGUCAGUCUCACGCCGGAGAAGAUUUAUCAGACGAUCAAGAGGGUCAUGGAUGAGCCCAGCUUCCGCGAGAACCUGAAGCGGCGGUCGGCGAUCAUGCGAGACCAGCCGGAGACGCCGCUGGAGCGAGCCGUCUUCUGGACGGAGUACGUGAUCCGGCACAAGGGGGCGCCGCACCUGCGAUCGGCGGCGAGGGACCUCACCUGGUACCAGUACCAUCUGAUCGACGUGUGGGCUUUCAUCCUGGGGGUGAUCGGGGCGGUGCUGGCCCUGGCGUUCUUCCUGCUCCGGUGGUGCUGGCGGUGCGCCUGCCGGAAGGGGUCGGGGAAGCCCCAGCAGCAAGGGAAGGGGAAGAGGAAGAAGGAGUGAGCCCCUCGGGGGGGGGGGAGGGCAUGGGGAGGGGGAUUCGCUCGGUGGGGACUGUGAUUUUUUUCGGGGUCCGUAUC